CUCUGGUAACACGAAAAAUGUUCAAGCAUUAAUUUGUAGUAAGAAAACGCGCGGUUUUGAAAAUAAUAAAUUGUUCAUGCGAUGGAAGAUUUUGAGAAAAUUGAGAAAAUUGGAGAGGGAACGUACGGCGUAGUUUAUAAGGGUCGCAAUCGACUAACGGGUCAGAUUGUAGCUAUGAAGAAAAUUCGAUUAGAGUCAGAUGAUGAGGGUGUACCAUCAACCGCAAUAAGGGAAAUUUCGUUAUUAAAAGAGUUAAAACAUCCAAAUAUCGUUUGCUUGGAAGAUGUUCUAAUGGAGGAGAAUCGAAUUUACUUAAUAUUUGAGUUUUUGUCAAUGGACCUAAAGAAAUAUAUGGAUUCCUUGCCAACGGAAAAACAAAUGGACAGCAAACUAGUGCAGAGCUAUUUGUAUCAAAUCACAAACGCAAUUUCGUUUUGUCAUCGGCGUCGCGUAUUGCAUCGCGAUCUCAAACCACAAAAUCUUUUAAUCGACAAAAAUGGCAUAAUCAAAGUGGCCGAUUUUGGAUUAGGGAGAUCCUUUGGUAUUCCCGUGCGAAUAUAUACACACGAAAUUGUCACAUUAUGGUACAGAGCUCCUGAAGUGCUUUUGGGUUCGCAUCGGUAUUCUUGCCCAGUGGAUAUUUGGUCAAUUGGCUGCAUUUUCGCUGAAAUGGCUACACGAAAGCCUCUCUUUCAAGGAGACUCUGAAAUAGAUCAAUUAUUUCGAAUGUUCAGGAUUCUCAAAACACCUACUGAAGAUAUUUGGCCAGGCGUCACUUCACUUCCCGACUAUAAGAAUACUUUUCCUCGUUGGUCAACAAAUCAAUUGACUAACCAGCUCAAAAAUCUCGAUGACAACGGUAUAGACUUAAUUCAAAAAAUGCUUAUCUAUGAUCCAGUACACCGUAUUUCGGCCAAAGACAUUUUGGAGCACACCUUUUUUAAGGGGUUUCAAGCCGACUUGGUUUCCUAAAAUUGUUUAGAAAACAAAUAAAUUGUAUCCUUAAUAUUUGAAAUUAAAGAUUUAUCACAUAUAUAUUCUGA